GUGAAGUACAGACGUGUGUUUUGGGGCUCCUGAGCAACGAGGCUGGGAUUCUAAUAAAUACAUAUAAUUACAGGUACCUAGAAUAGACGGUACACAUGGCGACGGAGGAGAACAAUGAGGUUAAGGCCACCCAGCGCAAAAGCCGCGAUGGACCCAAUUUGGGGCCAUAUGACCCCAAGAGAUCAUGGGAAAGCUACCGUGAGAGGCUAGAGAUUUGGUUUGAGAUGAAUGAUAUCACCAAGGACUCCAAGAAGAGAGGAUAUUUGCUUACGGAGAUUGGUGAUGAUGUCUACGAGACUCUGAAAGGACUUGUGAUGCCAAAGAAGAUCCUGGACAAAACCUACGAGGCAUUGGUCGCAGUGAUAAAUGAGCAUUAUGGGCCAGAAAAGAAUGUAAUUAUGGAGAGAUACAACUUUAUGAAGAGAGUUCAAAAGCCCGGAGAAAGCGUAUCUGAGUUUAUUGCCGAAAUUUCCAAACUCAGUCAGCAUUGCCAAUUCCAGGAAUUGGAAAAUAUGCUACGCGAUCGUAUUGUUUGUGGGGUAUUAAACGAGGGAUUGAGAAAGAAGUUGCUCUCUGAGAAGAAGCUUACCUACAAGACGGCAUGUGAGAUGGCACGCGCUGAUGAAACCGCGACCAAAGGUGUUGAAGAAAUGAAAGCGGAAGUUCCUACAGCAAAUGAGGGACCUGUAGUAGCCAAGAUUUCUCAAAAGACGUGUUAUAGAUGCAAGAAGAAGCAUGAUGCAGCUGACUGUUGGUUCAAAGAUAAGGAUUGCCGGAAGUGUGGCAAGAUUGGACACAGUGCGGCAGCUUGUCGUAGCAAGGAGACAAAGCAAAAGAAGGUAAAUGCCGUGGAAGAACCUGAAGAGUCAACUGAAGGGGAAUUGGCCUCAAUUAAUCUGAUUGGAAAGGCUGGCCAUAAAGUGGAAUUGCAGAUUGAAGGGCGGAAGAUCUGCAUGGAGAUAGACUCUGGCGCAUCGAACACAGUGAUGUGCUGGGAUCAAUGGAAGACCCUCAAGGUUCCAGCAAAGUUGAAGUCUUCAAAUCUCAAAUUGCAGACUUGGCUAAAGAGAGGAGUGGAGAUUGUAGGACAAGCGGUGGUUCUUGUGAAGUUGGCGGAUAAGACUGUAAAUUUGCCACUAAUAAUCACCAAGUCCGGCGGAAACUCUCUUUUGGGCCGAAAUUGGUUCCAACCGUUGGGAAUUUUCAUUCAUAUUCCAAUGAUUAAUGCGAUUGAGGAAAAUAAAGUAGAGGGGUUGUUGCAAAAGUAUCAAAGCGUUUUCCGGGAUGAAUUGGGAUCACACUCUGAGAUGAAAGUCAGUCUUCAAUUGAUUGAGGGGACCCAACCGGUGUUUUUGAAGCAACGAACCGUGCCUUUUGCUCGACGAGAAGCGGUUGAAGAAGAGAUUGACCGGCUUGUUAGCCAAGGAGUGCUGGAGCCAGUGCAAUUCUCUGAAUGGGCUACUCCAAUUGUCACAGUACGAAAGCCAGAUGGAUCGAUCAGGAUUUGUGGGGAUUAUAGGGCUACUGUAAAUCCAGCUACCAAGACGAAUGCAUACCCACUACCCACAGUAGAUGAAUUGUUGGCAGGAGCUUCGGGUAAGAUUUUCUCUAAAAUUGAUUUGACACAGGCUUACCAACAAUUGCUGGUUGAUGAUAAGACAGCAGAAAUUCUCACGAUAAACACACACAAGGGCCUGUUUCGAGUGAAGAGAAUGCCAUUCGGUAUAUCUGCUGCUCCAGGGAUUUUCCAGAAGUUUAUGGAGACUUUGUUGGCAGGUAUACCGGGCACGCAAGUGUAUCUCGAUGAUAUCCUUGUGGUGGCCCAGAAUGAAAAGGAGCACAGUGAAAGGAUUGAAAAGGUCCUACAGAAGUUGCAGAAGGCAAAUCUGACGGUAAAGAAGGAAAAGUGUCGGUUUGGUGUCAAAGAACUCGAGUUUGUGGGGUACAAAAUCGAUGAUCAAGGAAUUCAUCCCACACGAGAUCAUGUGAAGGACAUAGUUCAGACACCACCACCUCAGAAUAAGACAGAGCUGAAAGCAUUUCUGGGCAUCAUAAAUUUCUAUGGGAGGUUUAUAAAAGACAGGGCGUCAGUGGCAGAAUGUCUGCAUCGGCUACUGGAUGAUGGAGCCGAAUGGAAGUGGAAAGUUGAACAUCAACGAGCCAUGGAUGAGUUGAAGAAAGAGCUAAGGUCAGAGGCCGUAUUGAUACAUUAUCGUAUGGAUCUACCACUGAUCUUGUGUUGUGAUAGCUCACCUUACGGCGUAGGUGCAGUCUUGGGUCAUGAGACACCAGAAGGAGAGAAGCCAAUUGCCUACUUUUCACGAACGAUGAACGACACCCAGAGAAGAUAUGGACAGAUAGACAAAGAGGCGCUUUCAAUCAUCACCGCAGUGAAACAUUUCCACCAGUAUAUUAGUGGCAGAAAAGUGAAGAUUUAUACUGAUCAUCGCCCAUUGUUGGGAGUUUUCAAUCCUAAGAAGCCCAUUCAAAGUACAUUAUCCCCUAGGAUGACAAGAUGGUGCUUGACGUUGGCAUCAUAUGAUUACGAAAUAGAAUACAGGCCCGGAGAGAAACACCAAAAUGCUGAUGCACUCAGUAGAGUUCCAGUGAGAGAAAGCUUGAAACUCGCGGAGGAAGAAGAAUCUCGUGGGGAGAUUCUAAUGCUACAAGAUGACGUCAUCCCUGUUUCAGCCGUGGAAAUUCAGGAACACACGAAGAAGGACAAGACACUGAUGCGUGUGAAGAGGUGGAUUUUGGAAGGAUGGCCCGACAGAUGUCCUGACCCUGAGUUGAAACCCUUCUUUAUGGUUCGUAAAGAAUUGUCAAUCAUGCGAGAUGUCCUGCUGAGGGGGAAUCAAGUCGUAGUUCCAAAGACGCUCCAAGAGAGACUGCUGAAUUCACUUCAUGCUACACACUGGGGCAUGGUGAACAUGAAAGCGAUAGCUAGAAGCUACAUGUGGUGGCCUGGUAUUGAUGCGCAAAUAGAGACCAAGGUCAAGCAAUGUGAGCGGUGCCAAGUGGUCCGAAACAGUCCGCCAAGAGCACCACUGUGUUCAGAUGAAGAACUGCAUAAACCAUGGGAGAGGCUACAUUUGGAUUUUGCGGGACCUGUGAAAGGAGUGACUUAUCUCAUAGUAGUGGAUGCCAUGUCAAAGUGGUUGGAAGUGAAGAUUGUUCGAUCACAAUCCAGCAAGGAGGUCAUACGCAUUCUCAGAGAACUUUUCGCGACACAUGGUGUACCCUCUGAGAUAUACACAGAUAAUGGUACGGCGUUUGUGUCUGAAGAGAUGAAGAAGUUUCACAAACAAAACAACAUCCGUGGUAUUACAAUAUCUCCUUGGCAUCCUGCGAGCAAUGGACAAGCAGAGAUUAUGGUACAGAAGGCGAAAAAGGCUCUGGCGAAAAUUGAAGGGAAUGAUAUUAAUUUGAAGUUGGCACGUUAUCUAUUUGCUCAGCACACAACACCAAGUAACGCAACAGGAAAAACCCCUUGUGAGCUAUUGAUGGGAAGAAAGCUGAAGUCAUGUUUGAGCAGGAUACACCCGGAGGAAAUCAAAGGGGAAGGAAAAGAGAAGAAACAGCCAAGGAAGUUCCGUGUGGGAGAUGCAGUGUAUGUGAGAAAUUACUCUGAGGGCAAUCAAUGGGUUCCAGCUUGGGUGGCAGAGGUCACUGGACCUGUCUCAUAUAAAGUUCAGACUGAAAAUGGAACAGUGUGGAGACGCCAUGUAAACCAGAUGAUUGAGCGCCUUGUGAAGAAUACACCACCACCGGAAGACUUCGGAGCGACUUCAGGACAGCAGAAUGUAGAAGAUGAGCCUGACGAUGGAGAACCAUUAUCAGAGGAGGAAAACGAUUUUGAGAGUGCCUCUGAGAGUAUUGUAAAUACUACAGCAGAGUCACCGGAACCGGAACCACGACCCCAACGAGAGCGUCGUCUUCCGGCAUACUUGAGAGAUUAUGUUUUGAGUUAAAGGGGGAAGAGGUGUAGUGUAUUCUAGUCAUGUAUUUUACAGUGUAAAUAGUUGUAACGGAUUUUGUCACUUUUGAAAUAUAUAUCGUGAAGUACAGACGUGUGUUUUGGGGCUCCUG